AUGGCAUCACUGACAUCCAGCCGCAGAUCCUCCUCAUCUUACCGCUCGUCGUCCCGUUACAGCACCUCCAGCUCCUAUAGGUCUGAGGGAUCACUGGGUGGGUCGUCGGAUUCUCUGGACCCACUUUUUGAGCCCUUUCUUGAAUCGACAGGUACUUCCAGUCUGUUCGGAGAAGAGGGCCCUGGGGGGCCCAACUGUCUGGCUCCCUUCAGCAGGCACAGCAUAUCCUCCUAUGGACACACUGGUGGUGUGGUUACAGGCGGGGUGCGAUGUCUGGGAGACAGCUACUACAUGUCAGCUGACGUCAGCCACUUUGAACCGCAUGACGUGGUGGUGAUGGCAUACAACCACCAUGUUGUUGUUCAUGCUGAGAAGGUUAUGGACGAUGGAAGCGUCAGUGCCACAUUCACCCAUAAGUCCCUGUUCCCGGAGGAUAUGGACCCCCUUUCAGUGUGUGGGACCCUAAACUCUGAUGGCAUCCUGAUUGUGAGCGUCCGCCGGAUCUCCAUGUCGGGUGGGGUGGAGCCCUUGGGUGUCUCCACCUAUCGCAGCGAAGCUCACCUUUGA